AUGGAGCAUUUACCUUCGUCCUCACAAAAACGACCUCUACCCGAAGACUCGCCUCUCUCUUCACCAGAAACUUCUCUCCCGUUAUCCGACCACCAAACAAAACGUUUGAGACGCACGCUACCGCCAAUAUCCGCUACCCUUCCUCAACAAACCUCGACUUCUUUUUCGAACUCUUUUCAAUUACCCAUUCCUCCGACUUUACUUGAUUCAAAUCCUUCCGGCUUGUCACUACCACCAAUCUCUGCCACCGAUUCACCAGUCAUGCCGAUUCCCUCUCCGAGAUCUCUCUCUGGUCAGCCACAUCACGAACUUCCUCCUAUUGAUUCCCUGGGACCUUUACCACCGAUUCAACGUUUGACCUCCGGCUAUAAUACAAUGUCCAUUUCUUCGAUUCUUUCGAACGGUGAUCAUGAUCCAUUUAUCAAGAAGCUUGACAUGAAUAUCAAAGAAAUGGGCGUUGGAAACUCCACUAAUGCGUUGAACUGGUCUCACAAUCCGUUAGAUUUUCAUGCACACUCAUCUUCCACCAUCAAUAUAGAUCAUCCUGCAAGCGGAAGCGAAAGUAACGAAUAUAAGGUAGAAGUCGCAAAUGGCGUCACGAGGGAAUCCAACAACAUUGACGAAGACGCAGAUGAACAAGAAAAUAGCGGAGACGAUAAUGCGCUUGAUCCAAAUAACGAUUGCAGAUCGGAUAACGACGAAAGCGAGAAUGGUGAUGAUGAAAUUGAAGAGUUUUCCUUGAAUCGUUCGCUCUUAGAAGGGUUAAACCUACAAAGGGAAACACACCUGAUCGUUAAAAACGAUGACACUCUCAACAUGGAAGGUCGAGAAGAACGUCAUCUUGGGCAUCUCAUCUAUAAUCCCAAGGAGAUACUUCCGCCCUUGGAAUUUCAUGAGAACGGAUUAUUGGAAGUUUGGAUUCCGUCAAAAUAUUUAACAUGGGAAAAUAUGAAAGUCAGAAAUCGAUUUCUGUGGGGAACCGAUGUGUACACCGAUGAUUCCGAUAUUGUCGCAGUACUCAUACACACCGGACUUUACAAUCCGCCACCGCCAAAAUCGAAAUGGUCAUCCAAUCAGCCGGACCACGAUUUAUGUGUGACCAUCCGCGUCUUGCCGAAAUUGGUUCAAUAUACUGCCACUAUACGUAACAAGUAUCAAAGUCGAUCUUGGGGAAAUCACCAUGGGGUUAGCUAUAAAAUAGAAAAAGUUGGCGAGAUGAAGAAUGGGGAAGCUGUUGGAAGAUCCGUAGGAAAAGGUAGAAAAGAGCGCCUUCGAAAGUUUCAUCAAAUGAGGAAGCGUGCGUUCGAAGAUGCAGAGUACAGCCAGAAUGACGAAUCCAUCCUUGUUUUUAAUAAUGAAGGAGAUCCCUGCUUUAAAUACAACCCGCUAAUGAUGGCGAACGACGAGGAAAUAAAGAAAUCGCUCCGGAAAGAGGUGAUGUAUUUGGAAAAUGACGAUGAAAGGUACGAGAUAUCCUACGAUGAAGCUAGUGAUAAGUAUCGGUUCGCAAUAGUGUUGUCCACCACGCAUUUGGGGCAUUCGGCUAUGUUGAAGGAUCAUGAAGAUAAAAACGCGAACCUUCCAUGCUUCCCUUUGACCGAAUCACAACUGGAGGGCGUCUUUCGUGAUGAUUUGGAUUUUCACGAAAUGGCCUGGAAUAUUGUGGGUGUCAUUGUCGCCGAUAAAACAAACCCAUUGCACAGUUUACUUUGUAUAUCCAAACGA